AUGUUGCUAAAAUCUUGGAUUUCUUCAUUUUCAAGAAGUCUAAAAUACUAUUGUUCAAACCUUGAAAACUAUUCUCUCGCGGACGACGAUAAUAAUGAUCAAAGAGAUGGUAGAAAUAAUGAUUUAGAAGGUAAUAUUCAUCAUUCUUCAAUAUUAUUUGAACGAUUAAUAUCUGAAUUUGAGACUAAUGGUCAAAAUGUAAAUAUAGAAAACGAAAGUACUAGAUUAUUAAAUCAACAUGCUAUAAGUGAUUUAGAAGAUGCAAAAGAUUAUCGUAGUUUGGUGAGUCUUGGAAAGUCAACGGUUACGCAAACGAUGUUUAAUGCAGUGAACGUAUUGGUGGGAAUAGCGAUAUUGGCUUUACCUUAUGCAUUUAAAUGUUCCGGAUGGAUAAUUGGAAUUUCGACAUUUUUUUUUUGUCUUAUAUCAACGAAUUACACCGCAAAAAUUCUCAAAAAAUGCUUAGAUACUGAUCCUGAAUGUCUUACUUACGCUGACCUCGCUUAUUUGGCUUAUGGUCAAAAAGGAAAAAUUUUCAUUGGAUUUAUAUUUUUAAUGGAUCUUUAUAAUGCAGCUGUCGCUUUGAUGAUCUUGGUUGGCGAUUCACUCAAGAUACUUUUCCCUCAAAUGGAUCUCACCCAUCUGAAACUUAUCUCAUUUCUCGUUAUUACUCCAAUAACAUGGUUGCCAAUCAAUUAUCUUUCAUAUACUUCUCUCCUUGGAAUUUUUACUGCGGCUUCAUUAGCAUUAGUUUUAUUGAUCGAUGGUCUGACGAAAUUUGAUGCACCUGGAAGUCUAUGGCAACCUAUGAAUACCCAUCUUCUCCCUCCAAGUUGGAUGGUUUUACCUUUAUCCUUUGGUCUUAUCAAUUCUGCCUUCUCUGGUCAUGCUGUUUUUCCUUCGUUAUAUCGAGAUAUGGCAAAACCUCUCUAUUAUAAAAAAACUGUGAAUUCUAGUUAUUUGAUUACUGGUAUUAUUUAUUUUACUGUCGCUGUUUGUGGGUAUUUAAUGUUUGGAUCUGAGACGAUGCAAGAGAUUACUCAAAGCAUAAUGUCAACACAAGGAUACAGUCUUUUUCUAAACUCUGUUGUAGUAUGGUUGAUUGUUAUUAAUCCACUCGCCAAAUUUCCACUCACGUUAACUCCAAUUAACUUAAGUAUCGAAGUAGCAACUUUAGUUAGUUUCUUAAUUGUUGGAACUGCGAUUGUUUUCCCUACCUUUGAUCGUGCGAUGUCACUUCUCGGCUCAUGUUUCUCCUUUUUAAUCUCUUCAAUAUUUCCUAUUUUAUGUCAUUUAAAAAUGUUUGGAACUAUUUGGACAUUUUUACCAAGUGAGCUGUUGGGAGAUGGUUAA